AUGCUAAUGGAUUGCUUAAACUGGAGAGUACAGAAUGAGAUUGACAGCGUGUUAGCUGGACAACCUGUUUAUGCAUUUGGUGUGGGUCUUAGUACUUUUGACAAGGCCUCGGUGAACUAUUAUGUGCAGUCACACAUACAGAUGAAUGAAUAUCGAGAUCGUGUUGUCCUGCCAGCUGCAUCAAAGAAGUUCGGGAGACAGAUUAAUACCUGCUUGAAGGUUAUGGAUAUGACUGGCCUGAAGCUGUCUGCACUGAGCCAAAUAAAGAUUCUUUAA